CCGUUACCGUGGAAACAGCCAGCCAGCGUCUCGACAGUGUUGAGCGAAUGGGAAAGGAAGAUGGAGGAGAUCAACAGAGACAUCGAUACUGCAGGCACUGAGGCUGGAGGUGAGGAUGCUUUGGUGGGCAAUGUGAACAAGCUGAUCCUCUCACCGCCUGGAUACACUGGAGUGCCUCGGAAAGGUCAUCUCACAUUUGACGCUUGCUUCGAGAGUGGUAACCUUGGGAGAGUCGACUACAUCAGUGAGUUUGAGUUUGACCUCUUCAUCCGGCCUGACACGUGUAACCCUCGCUUCAGAGUCUGGUUCAACUUCAGCGUGGAGAAUGUGCGCGAGACCCAAAGAGUCAUCUUCAACAUUGUGAACUUCAGCAAAACCAAGAGCCUGUACAGAGAUGGCAUGUCGCCUGUGGUGAAGUCAACGAGUCGGCCCAAAUGGCAGAGGCUCCCUGCCAAGAACGUCUACUACUACCGCUGUCCGGACCACCGCCGCAACUACGUCAUGUCCUUCGCCUUCUGCUUCGACCGGGAGGACGACGUCUACCAGUUUGCCUACUGCUACCCCUACACCUACUCCCGCCUGCAGCACUACCUGGACAACCUGGAGCGCCGCAACCUCGACUACCUGCUGCGCGAACAGCUGGGUCUCAGCGUGCAACAGCGUCGGCUAGACCUCUUGACCAUCACCAACCCCAUUCACCUGAACCCAGAGUGUGAGAAGAAAGUGGUGUUCCUGACGGCUCGAGUCCACCCGGGCGAGUCCCCUGCCUCCUUCGUGUGCCAGGGAGUUAUUGAUUUCCUGGUCAGCGAACAUCCCAUCGCCCAAAUCCUGCGUGAUCACGUGGUCUUCAAGAUUGUGCCCAUGCUCAACCCAGAUGGAGUCUACCUGGGCAACUACAGGUGCUCCCUCAUGGGCUUUGACUUGAACCGCCACUGGCAGGAGCCGUCUCCCUGGGCCCACCCCACUCUCCACGCCGUCAAGCAGCUCAUCGUCCAGAUGAACCAGGACCCGAAAGUGAGUCUGGAGUUCUACAUCGAUGUGCAUGCUCACUCCACCAUGAUGAACGGCUUCAUGUACGGGAACGUGUUUGAGGAGGAGGAGCGUGUCCAGAGGCAGGCCGUCUUCCCGCGCCUGCUCUGCCACAACGCACCCGACUUCUCUUUCUCCAGCACAUCCUUCAACAAGGACGUGGUGAAGGCGGGCACGGGCCGGCGCUUCCUGGGCGGCCUGCUGGACGACUCGUCCUACUGCUACACGCUGGAGGUCUCCUUCUACAGCUACCUGAUGGCCGGCAGCUCCGCACCCGUGCCUUACACCGAGGACACCUAUAUGAAACUGGGCAGAAAUGUUGCCCGCACCUUUCUGGAUUACUACAGACUGAACAACCUCCUGGAUGACAGCCAACCCAGAAAUCAUUUCAACAGCCUACAUGAAUUACCCAGUGGUCGCCAUGGGAACAAUAAUGGCAACGGAAAGAACCAAGAUGGGGAGAGGAAGGUCCACGGACUGAGGGGCAACUGUUAGAGCCUGAGGCAUUCGCAGUUCAGGCAGCCAACAUGAACAUAAUAAAUGUUACUCUCUUACAAAAUGGCUUCCUUGAAGGCAAAAAAACAUACAGAAAUAUCAGUGCUAUAUAAUGGCUUACAAACAUACAGUAUCUACAACUCUGACAAUAAAUGCAACACUUGUGCUUUAGUGCAUGUAAUGUCCAGCCUGUUCAACAGGCCACUUCACUUGGAAUAGUAAGGCAGCUCAUUUUUUCAUUUUAUGUUAUUGUUGUUUAUAUUUUCUGCACUGGUGGCCUUUGAUUAUUAAUUAUUAGCCUAAUGAAGGACAGUGUGUUUUCACUUUUUGCCUUUAAUCUACUUGAAAUUCAUCUUGACAUGUAUGAACUCAUUUGUUUGUUAAAUGCAUGACUGUGUUACAGUAUUUCUUUAUACUUCCAUGUAUAUGUUAUGUCAGUGAAACUUUGUUUGAAUUGCGCACAUUUCAUGCACUGAAUGAUUAUUAUAAAACGCUGUAUUUC